UGCUCUAAAGUUAUUGACCACCAUGGCUCUGAACAUCCCUGGUAUAAUUGCAGUGGUGCUGUUUUAUAUCCUUAUUCUAGGGACAGGCGUGUGGGCUGCACGAAAGUCCAGGAAGGCUGAGACGAAUAGCAAUGGAAACAGGACCGAAGUAUUGCUCCUUGGACACAGAAAUAUCAGCUUGCUGGUCGGGAUUUUCACCAUGACUGCUACAUGGGUCGGAGGUGGUUUUAUCCUGGGCGUGGCUGAGGCGGUGUACUCUCCUAAAAUGGGCUUAGUAUGGGCUCUUAUGCCUAUACAUUACAUGGUGUCCUUCAUAAUAGGUGGUCUUUUCUUUGCCAAGCCAAUGAGGGAUAAGGAAUAUGUCACGAUGAUGGACCCAUUCCAGAUAAAGUAUGGCAAUGUACUCAGUGGAGCUCUGGUGCUGCCUUCUAUCCUGGUGGAUGUGCUGUGGGUCUCCUGCACUCUGCUUAGCUUAGGAGCAACUAUGACUGUGAUACUGGACUUGCCCUAUGCCUAUUCUGUUUGGAUCUCAUCAGCUGUUGCCAUCAUCUACACUUUGUUAGGAGGCCUUUAUUCAGUAGCCUACACUGAUGUGAUCCAGCUCUGUCUAGCAUUCCUCAGUUUGUGGUUGUCUAUCCCCUUCCUGCUGCUCAACCCCAUAUCUACAAACAUUGCCCAAACUGCUUUUAACCACACCUUCCAAGAACCCUGGGUCGGCACUCUGGAGCAGGACAGAGUCUGGAAGUGGAUUGAUGACUUCUUAAUGAUUGGUCUUGGUAGUGUUUCAUUUCAGAGCUUCCACCAGAGGACGCUGUCUGCAUCCUCAUCAAGAACAGCUCAGUUAACCUGCUAUGCUGCUGCUUUUGCCAUCGCCAUACUGGGAAUCCCCCCUGCCUUGGUCGGGGCUGUCGCAGCCUCCACAGACUGGAACCUGACGCUGUACGGUUCUCCAUCUCCAUAUGUACGUGGUGAGCCUAGUUUGGUCCUGCCCUUGACCCUACAAAACCUCACUCCGUCUUACAUCUCAAUCAUUGGAAUCGGAGCUGUGGCAGCUGCUGUCAUGUCAUCCACAGACUCAGCCCUGUUGUCUGCAACUUCGGUUUUCUCCUCAAACAUCUACAAGAACAUCCUGCGUAAAAAGGCCUCAGACUAUGAAAUGCAAUGGGUGAUUCGGGUCACAGUGGUGGUGGUGGGUCUGGUUGGGACAUGCAUAACGUUCUACACCAACAGCACCCUGGUCCUCUGGAUUCUCGGAGCAGAUGUCUCCUACACCCUUAUAUUCCCCCAUCUGGUCGCCGUGCUCUUCUUUAAAGUGACAAAUGGUUAUGGUGCCACGGUCGGUUACAUCAUAGGACUGACUCUAAGAAUCUUGUUGGGGGAGAACGUUGUAGGUCUUCCUGUUGUUCUUCAUCUUCCCGGUUGCACAUUGGAAGAGGGCGUCUACGUCCAAAAGGCCCCUAUAAGGACAGUCUCCAUGAUCUGCACUUUGGUAACCAUCUUAGUUUUUUCCUCGCUGGCUUUCUUCAUGUUCAAUCACAGCCUGUUACCUGAAAGGUGGGACACUUUCAAAGUAAAACGUAAUGUUACUAUGUCUCCUGUGGAUCCCAUCACACAGAAUCUCAAAGAAGAAGCUGAAAGUGACGCUGUGUGUGACGAAGACGGAAAUGGAAUACCUUUACAGCCACUGAUUUAAACUGGAUGUUUAACGGUCGUCAUUCCUUUUGAAAGUUGCUGACCAAAAUUUUAUUAGGAUCUUGAUGAAUAUUUAUGUUUAGAGAAAUAACAAGUUAAAGUUAUUUUAACCUGUUAACUGCUAAUAGUUGCUGAUGAGGUACACUGCUGUUCAAAAGUCAGGAAUCAGCUGUUAUAUUGGCCAUUUUAACAUCCUCCUCAUCCGUCCAUUCCUGAGUACUCCUGUCCUUCUCCAUCCCUGUGCUUGAUCCACGUCCCCCUAUUUAUCAAGGUAAACAAACACACAGUAAUUAUAUGAAUUGUAAAUAUUAACAAAUUAUUAAUUGGGGUGCCCAUAAACAAAUAUAGGCCGACCCCUAAGUACAGCGCAAAACGAAGGACUAACUCCUGGUGCCUGUUAUAUAAUUAGGUUGCCAACUGAGCACAAUGAACACUGCAAUUCAUUUAAAUUCAACAAUAUAAUCAUGUUAUUUUCAAGACUUUGUUGUCCCGGAUAACUCAUCCAAAGUUUUAUUGAACUGUAUUUUUUUUUACUGUAUUUUGUACUAACAUACAAGUACCACAAGAUGGCAACAGAUACAGUUGAAGUACUGCACAGGAACCGUGCAAUUCACCAAAAAAAGAA